GGGAGAGAGAGGUGGGAUCUAAGCAUCAAAUUUCAAUUACAUUAUCACCACCACAACCACAGCCACAACAAUAACCAGUACAUCUACUCCUAAUCAAAGUCCAAAUUUUCAGCCAUGUCCCUGAACAUGAAAACCCUGACCCAAGCCCUAGCCAAGACAGCAGCAGUAAUCGAGAAAACCGUAACCACCACCGUACAAGAAGUCACCGGACCCAAACCCUUACAAGACUACGACCUCCUAACCCAGAUCGGCUCCGCCGGGCCCGGACUAUGUUGGAAGCUCUACUCUGGCAGGUCACGUGACCGUUACGUGACAUCCCAGCAGUACCCCACUGUCUGCGUCUGGGUCCUCGACAAACGGGCUCUAUCCGAAGCUCGCAAUCGGGCUGGGCUGUCCAAAUCGGUUGAGGAAUCGUUCUUGGAGAUAGUUCGGGCCGAUGCUGCUCGUCUGGUGAGGCUGAGGCACCCGGGGGUGGUGCACGUGGUGCAGGCUUUGGAUGAGAACAAGAAUGCCAUGGCAAUGGUCACCGAGCCUUUGUUUGCUUCCAUGGCGAAUGUGUUGGGGAAUGUGGAAAAUAUUGAAAAGGUGCCAAAGGAGCUCAGAGGGAUGG